AAUCAAUUACGUGGCAUUUGCAAUGCAUCGGCACUGUUUCGUCAAUACGGUAAUGGACUGAUCGAAGGCGAAUGUCCGACGGUGGACGGUGUGGUGCCGGCCAUCAAACAAAUUACUCACGCACUUGAGAAGGAUUCGUUAGAUCUUGGCUCACUGGCAGGUCAUUUGAAAGAGGUGGUUACUGAACGACUUGCGUCUAUCAUUGACGUCAAUCAUGAAGAGUUUGAUGGCACUUACAUCCAGGCGACAGCGCUCAAUCCUCAGCUUGCUGUGCUUCUCACAGAGCAACAGUUAUCGUAUGCGAGGUCAGCGAUCGAGCAGGAGCUACACUCACGCCAGCCAGCACCCACAUCGUCGCUUACCAUGGACGCUCUUCUGGCGUCAGUUCUGUCGUCGUCACCGGAUUCCUUGCCGUUGUACACGGAUCUGCUCCAGCAAGCUCAACGAUUGCAACAGGAACGUAACGCUCAGCCGAUGCGCGACCGAAUCACAGAAGCUGCGCUGUCGUCGUACUUUGACGAACUGCUCAGCGGGUCAACUGCCGAAGCCCUUCUGUCGCCACUGCGUUCAUUUGGCAAUCCUCUUCAAACACCACUAGUGUUCUGGCAAGGCUGUAUGCAACGAUGUCCAACGUUGGCCAGUCUGGCCCUCGAACUUCUCUCCAUUCCUACAGCCACGGUGACCGCCGCGUCACUGCUGGCCUCACGUGGUGCAUCACCAUUCCAGAAACCGGAUCCGAUUCCAAUUCUCUCGCAUCUCGACAAACCGGAAAAACUCGAUCGAAAUUUAUUACUUAGAUUUAAUCGGAAUUUUAUACAUAAAGCUUAU